GCCGUCCGUGCGUCGCGUCUCUAUAGUUAUAACGUCACAUAUCAAAUUUCACGCGAAAAAUUUGAUAUUGUCGUCGAUUUGUGAAGUGUCAGAAAGUUCUGCCGGUAAUUGUUGUUCCUGUAUUUUAGUGCUUGGUUCUGUUUAUUUGCGUUUGUGUUUUGUUGCUCAGUGAUUUCUAGUGUUUUGUUACCAGUAGUAGACGAAAAUGUAGAUAGAUCAGUUGCACGUACAUUUACUAAAGGUACGAUGUCCAUUGACCAGGCGUCUCCUCUGGUGCCCAUCAAGCCUCAAGUGUCGCUGCAGAACAGUGCGUUCAUCAAGAACAGCCACAACCGAAGCAGCUUCUGCGGAGUGAGUCCUUCCAGCGGGACCUUCAAGACAUUCGCUAUAAAUAGGAAGAGUUGGAGCGGCAAUGGCACGCUUCCGCUCCAACAGUUUACGCCCGAGGUGGAACAAACGCCGCAUCUAGCGACGUUCCGCUCCGGGACUGGGACGUUCCCGAGGAACAGGGAACGGAAUAAUAACGCAACGAACGGAAUAUUAACGCCUAACGGGAACUCGGUCCAGAGCUUCAAAGGAAAUGAGCUGAGGAGGAGCGGAUGUUCUAACGGCCGACGCUACGCGGAGAUCGGGUACUGGAAUAAAAGAAAUGCGACGUUUCUUGAGCCUCACCUGCAAGGAGUAAGGCGCCGCGACAGCCGCAGUUCUGACUCAGACCACGAUGAGCGCUCCACCGAGGAUGACGAGCGGUCACUCAUACGCAGUUCACCAAGAACAAGGCUGCCGCCGCCCCCUCCCCCGCCGCCGGACGACGAGCCUCCCCCGCUGAAGCCGCGGGAGUUCUUCGAAAGGCUCCAAAGCCAGGCCAUGAGGGAGGCGCAGGAUCGACGGCGCCCGCGCGACCUGAAGGACCAGCUGUUCCGGCCUGUCGACGCUGAAGGCAGCCUGGGGGAUAGUCUUAGUCAGAGCCGAGAGAGCCUCUCAUCAGACGGUGAAGGCGCCCGCGGCGACUGCUCCUCCGUGGACUCCUCAGGGUCAGGGUCGGAGGAGCAGCCGCCAUGCGACAUCGGCCUCUUGGAGCGCCUCAUUAGGACGCACCCCGUGUGGUUCCUGCCAGGCAUCCAGAGGGCUGGCGCAUUCCAUCUUCUGCAGGGAAAAGAAGAAGGGAACUUCGUCGUCCGGCAAUCGAGCCAGCCCGACACGAUGGCGAUCAGCGUCCGACUGCCCGCCGACAAGGGGCCCUACAUCGAGCACUACUUGAUCCAGGCCUCGGGAGGCCGCAUCGGCCUGGAGACCUCGCACAACCGCUUUGACAACAUCCCGGAGCUUAUCGCUCAUUACUGCCAGUGUUGUGAUGAAUUACCAGUGCAACUCCAGUUACCCCGAGCUCUUCGUGAAGCAAAGAGUCGGCACCAACUCAGUUCUUUAACGCUUUUGGGGCAAGAGUUCUGGGGCUAUCCCAUGGCCAAUCCCAAGAAUAACCCCACCAACCUUCUCUCGCCAUGCCAGUUGGCUAACGGAGUGGUGCCAAUGGCAAUCACUCCUUCUGAUACUGGAUCUAGUCUUAGUAGCUUCAAUGCAAGCUCAGGAACAAACUCUAGAGAAAUACUUAGCCCAGACAAAGACAAAAAUGUUGUGCUAAAAAUGUCGCCUAUCGACCCACCAGGUUCCCCACCGAAACAAAACCAGAACCUUAGCACGUUUAAGGGAAGGACGCCUCCGUCUCCGCCUGCGAAACCGAACAGUGCAUUUGUCAGAGCACCCCGACCAACCCCACCAAAUACCCUCAACCUUAUGUCGAGCACCGCUCACAUAACCCAACCGCAUACAUUUCCUACAGCAAACACCCAACACUCACCCACCUUGAACAACGUCAAAACCACACCCCCUCCCCCGCCGCCGCGGUGGGCCAAACCACCGUUCUCCAAAGCAUCCUUAUCCCCAAAAUCCGAAGUCGCUUUCAGCCCAAUUAACAAGGCACAGAAUGGAAACAUUACAGUCACAACAACUGUCACCUUCUGUGUCAAUAACACCCAAAUUCACAACCACCAAAUAAAUGAGAGCAUACAAAGUGAUCGGCUACAACUAACGCUUGCGUCUAAUGCCAUCAACAAUAACAGUAACGCUGACGCCGUAUUCAACUUGUUGGAUGCGGGCAAACCUUUUGCUGAGCCUGACGGAGAAGCCCAGAACAUGAUGCACCGAAUGUCACCAGAGGGGGAGUGCAUCAAUGCAAUGACAGCUAGUUUGCACGGGAGCUUCAAAAGGCAAAUGACUGAACAAAACACCACCGAUCCCGGAUCGCCAGUAGAACAAUCCCAAAACACUUCAGACUCCGUUGAUCCGAUAGCGAAUAGUUUCACUAAGUCUUCUAGCACGAGCUUCGCUGCUAAUCAACUUGUAUCUCCAAAUGGAACGAAUUCCGUAACCAGUGGCAUAUUUUCGCCCACCAGCCAGAUUAAUUCACCAGUUUCGAAUGACACUAUUUCCUCAAAAAGUGGUGUUUUCUCUCCAAUAAGUCAAACUAAUAAGAGUGAAAUCUUCUCACCUGUCUCUAGAAGUUCUCCUGUAUCGGGUAAAAAUGUUUUCUCUCCUACUUCUAAUCAGUCUAUCGUAUCUCCUAUGACUUGUAAAGAUAGGGAAAAAGUGAUGUCUCCCAACACAAAUACGACAAGUACUACACCAUCUGGUAGAUCAAGGAGGAGUAGACACUCCCAGCGAAAGGAGUCCAGACAUUAUCAGGAAUCAGACAUCCUUGAAUCUCCAGGUGUGUAUUACAGAAGCUCGUUGUUGGAUAAAGUAUCUGAUUAUGAAGAUAUUUGGGGACCAGAAAGCAAUAACUGUUCUACAUUCAAGCCCCUAAAGCCUGACAAUGAUAACAAUAUAAAUAACGGUCUUAUGAAAAGCAAGAAACCUGAUUUACUUCCAGACACCUUACCAAAAAUGACCAACGCAAAAAGCACUCAAUCAAUCUUAGAAAAGGAAAAUAUUCACAUUCUGAAUUCUACAGAAAGUUUGAAUGAAAAGAAAAACCUUUCUGAUAGUUCUUUGAUGAAGAGCUUCAAUGGUUCAAAUGAACUGAUCGCCACCACAAACAGUAAGGGAGACGUUGUACCGAAGAGACCGGAUAAGCUCAAUAUCGCACUAAACAUGAAUAAGAAGCUUACUGAAGAAAUUGAAGCUACUUUCAAGAAUAGAGAAAACUAUAACACUGAAAGUAUGGAAACAAUCAAACUUGAAGAUGAUUGUAUAAAAGAACCUAUUCUUGAUGAUUCCGAUAAGGAUAACACUGGCAGUCCCUUCUAUGCUGAUCCAGUUGAUGCUCUUAAAGAAGCUGGCUUGCCUCAAGUUCAACGUCGGAAGCUAAUAAGAGUGGGAAUGAACCUCUCUCAGCGAUACUCGGAACCGCCUCAAAACCAUCCUUACUAUCCUCUUCGAGACAUGCACAGCAUAGAAGAACUUUCUCCAUCAUCGCCCAACACGUCGUCAUCUGUCGACAAUCUAGUCUCGCUCCGAAGCAAGCCGAAGAUGAAGCCAGUUCAACCACCCCGCGUCACAGCGAAGCCCCCCACAGGCAAGGCAGACCAGACAUGGACCGUUGACUCCAGUUGGGAGUUCAUAAAUAAAAACGACGAAUGCUCAAACAGCGAAAGUGGUACUUUCCCGUCACUGGCUGAGCAGGAAUGCCGACUGAGCGGAGUGGAUGAUGGAGCACAACAUCUGACCGUUCACCAAAUAGUGGCUCAGAGAUUCCCAGAUCUAAGACUGAAUGCUGAGCCGAUAGCGCUGCCUGAAGAAGUGCGCUCGCCUCCACGAGCGUCCUGCUACGACAACGUACAUGAUCUAAGGCCUCUGUCUGAGCAGGCAAGCGAUGACGGCACGGUGUUCUCCGAGCCCUGGGACAGCUCUCAGUGGGACGGACUGAUUCCUCCUAAGAAAGGGCAACAAGCGUAUGAUACGGAAGAGGUCUGUGAAUGGGAGUCCCCUAUCCCGCGGCGUGGCUCCGGGACAAAUACCCGGGCCAAGAGCUUCAGGGAUAGACUUGACCCAUUGCUUGCUGCGGGCCGAGUGCGAGCCCUUCGCGGCGGUCGCGGCGCGCGCGGCGCCGGCGCAGCGCUUCGGGCCUACGCGCUGCACCUCGCGCAAGACAAAAGCACCACCUUCGCGCAGAACAUAGAUAACUUUAUCGCAUGCACGCUGGACUCGAAGGAGACUUGCCCGCAGGUGAUGAUGCGCAACAUGCGUCAGUUCAUGUCUGGAAUGAAGAACUACCUCGUCAAGCACGGGGAGAGGGAGUUCGAGAAAGAAGUCGAGAAGGAGAGGCUGAAGCUAAAACCCACUGAGUUCUUAAACAUCGACGCGAUCCUCGAGGGCGUGAUGCACCGGCUGGUGGUGCGGCCGCUGCGCGCGCGCCUCUACGCGCUGCUGGCCGGCUGGCACGCGCCCGACGUGCGCCGCCUGCACGCCGCCAUCGAGCGCGCGCACCACGCCACGCCGCUGCAGCUCGGGGUCAAGGAAUCCACAAAAGUGCCGUCAGCUGCUGUCCUUGCAGUGAUCUCAAAACACUUCCUGAAGAUGCAAGAGGCUGACUCCCCUUUGGAUAAACUUGAAAACCUCCUCGCUGCCAUAUCUGUCAUGUUCAACGCUAUCCGAGGCGAGCGAGCACUAGGCGCGGACGACUUGCUCCCCGUCCUAGCAUGGACCGUUGCUCGCUGUAGGCUGGUCUGCGCAGAGCUCGAAGCGGAGCUGAUGUCGGGAUUGUUACCGGCUGCACUGCUCGCCGGAGAAGGUGGAUACUACUUGACCGCGCUGUUCUCUGCUGUGGCCGUGCUGAAGAGACUGGCCCCUGAACCCGGACCGGAUAGCGCUACUCCUCAGUGGCGUCGUGGCUCAACCGACUGCGGGAACAACGGUGGCGGCGCUGCGGUAGUCCGGGUGGCUUUACCGGACGAGUGCCGCGGGUCGAUCCGACGCGUGGCUCUGCCCUGCCGACCCGGGGCCCGAGCGAGGGACCUGUGCCGGGCCCUGGCUCAUGCCGCCGCUAUUACCAACCCGCAGGACUAUGCGCUGUUUGCGCUACACGACGGACAGGAGACAAUGUUGAACGAGAAUGAUUGUCCACAAGAGGUGAUGUCAGAAAAGAGCGGCCAGAACUUCAUCCUUGCCUACAAGAGGAUAGAUGCGAAAAUCGCAUGGCCUCAACAGGCAUUGCUUUCUUACCCUUAGGGGGACAGAUUUAAAAAGUGACAAGUAAUCUCUUAACCUAAUUUUAUAUUGUGAGUUCUAAGACGAAUAGGCAGCCAACAAACAGUGCUACAGCUACUAGUAAUGUCUAUUAGUGGAGCUAGCUAGCUAGAGUUGAAUGAUCUUUACGAUUAUUCAAAUUACCUAGCUUGAUUCUUAGCAGUACCCACGGAAGUUAUAGUGUAGCCUUAGCCUAAAAAUUAAAUUCCACAAACAUCAAAAAGGUUGUCGACCAUGCUCAGUAGAAAAAUAAGUGUUGGACGGUACUGUGGUGGAGAAAAUCUAUAUUUUUAUCACGUAAAUCUAAUAAAGUGAUAUUUUCUACGAUAUUACGCAACUGAUUUUUUAAUAACUUCUCAUAAGCUUACCGUUAUUAUAAGUACAGCGCUUUUAAGCAGUAUUUUCGAAGCGUCGCUAAUCAACCUCAUGCCUAAUGUAAUAUGUAGCUUUUUUACUCAAUAAUUAGAUUAAGUACCUACCUGAUGAUUUAUCUGACUGAACAUUUAUUUCGGGUUCUGACUACCCUUUUUUGUACAUUUAUAAUUAUAGAGUGUGUAUCUUUUCAUUGGAGUCGUGUGCAAGUUUCGAUGGACAUUACAAUUUUGUGCAUCUAUUUUUUAAUUUUAUUUUUCGCGUAGAUUUAUUUGACUAAAUCUACUGCCUUGAAAAGGUAGUUUUAUUUCGAGUGUACCUAUGUAUGUUCCUAAAUUUCGAUAUGUACACUGAACAAAGUCACCAAAUCGUUGUUUUUUAGUUCAAAUUUUAGUCGUUCACUAAAUUCUUGUAGUUCUAAAAAAUUUACUUUUGAAGUAUCGGUAUUUUACUGUUUAAUCUAACUUUUAUGAACUGUGAUGUAAUUCGUAUUAGUAAAGUAAGGAUUUUGUAUUAAUUUUGUAUAUUCGUAGAGACGUUUCUUAAUAUAAUUUAUUUAUACGUAAGUUUAAGGCAACUAUUUAACACAACGUUGAUUAACUGGUGAGUAAGUUACAGCGAUACAAUCGGUUUUAAAAUCUUAAUCUAAAAAAUUCUUUUUAUAUUAACCACACGUUAUUAGGUUUUACCGAAUGGUCUUAAUUUAUAUUAUUAUUAUUGAUUUUAAUCCGUUGUGAAUUAUCAGUUACUUGGCCAGAUCAAGAAGUGUAUCAAAGUAACUGCUAGUAGACAAAUAAUUUUAAAAUAAGCAAAAUCAAUUAACACUAGAGUACACGCGUGGCCUACUAGAGUAGACCAGGGUAACAUUUUACGCUAUAACUUUUUAAGAACUUGCGCCAGAGAGCUGGUAUUCCAGGAAAGCCUCGUUGACUAAAUUGUCAAUAAGCCAGUAAAGUUUGGGUCGCUAGGCGUCUACGCACUUUUCUAAAAUUGGCCGUCAAAACUGCGGGUCUACUCAAAAGCCCGAAAUCACUCACGAAAAAAAUGAUGGAAGACUUGCAAAAAAUGGAUUUACCCCAUGUACCAGGCAGUAGAAAGUCUUGAAUACUAUGACAGAUAAAAACAAAUCAUAUUUUUUCAGAAAUUUUUUUUUUGCUAACAUGGAUCUCAGAGUGCAAUUUUGGUCCAAAAAAUUUACAACUUUUUAAUUUGUUUAUAAUGUUUUAUCCCAAAUAGUUAUACAAAGAAACUUUGAUUAUAAAAGAACUAUAAUAAACACUUUAAUCAUUUACAUAAUAAUUUUAUUCAUAAAUUGUUCACAAACUGAUUUACAGUGAUUUUAAAUUGGCUUACCAGAGUAGGCCGCGCGUGUAUUGGUGUAAAAAAAGGGGCGCGUGUACUGCAGUGUUAACGUGUUUCACUGCCAUUAAUUUUAAUUUAUGUUCAUCACAAAAGACAGAAAUGCAAAAUAAUUAUUUUUGGAUGGUUAAUUUGUUAAUAUUAUCAUAAGUUUUUAUUGUAAUGAAUGAAAUAAAUAAUACAUCGGCAUUAAUUUGAUCGCUCAAACUUAUUCACCAUUAGGGUACGUAUUCAGAUUAACAUAAACUGCCUUGUCUUUGCCACAGAUAAUGUUUUUGUAGUAUUAAACCAACUGUCUUUGAGUCUUCCUCACCUAUGCUGCUUGGUUGCUAAUCUGUGGUAACGUGAGGCUAUAAUAAUAAGUUUUUGUUGUGAAACACCACACGGAAAAAAAUAUUAUAAAAUAAUAAACACCCUUUGCUUUAUCAAUUAAUAUGUAUUAUAUUUUUAUUCUCCUGCAAAAAAUUGUUGUCUCUUAUUAAUAAUUACGUGGUUACGUUUAACCGUUUUUAGAAUCGACAAAAAAAAUAAUGCCCGUUAUUUUGAAAUUUUGAGUUGUACCAUUUUUCUCGCAUGUGACUAAUUUUAGGGGUGUUUAUCUCAAACAAUUUUUAAUAUUUUAUCUGUAAAAGACAAUAAAGUCUUAAUCCUUGGAGUUUUACAAAGAACCGAAACAUCUGAAUAUGUCUGGCGCCUGGACGCCAUUUUGUAUUUAUUGCAGUCUGUAUGUUAACGUUAGUUAUAUUGUGUACACGUAUAUUGUGUUUUGAUAACAUUUUCAGUCAUUUGUGAAGAAGUAAAGGAAUUUUUA